AUGGAGUUUAAAGGCAGUGAUAGAGGCCCAUUUGUGCCCGCUCUGAUCAUAGUGGAUAUGCAGGAAGACUUCUGUCCACCCAAGGGAUCUCUCGCCGUUCAAGAUGGCCGAACCAUUGCCCCACUGAUCAACCAUCUCCUCUCCCAGCCUGGCUUCGUGACGCGCAUCGCAACUCAGGACUAUCACCCCGCAGACCACAUUUCCUUCGCCAGCAACCACCCCCCACCGAACAACCGACCCUUCGAAUCAUUCAUUGAGAUGAAGAACCCCGCUCCGGAUAGGAAGACUGAGACAAAGCCGCAGCAGCUGUGGCCGGUCCAUUGCGUGGCUGGCAGCCCUGGCGCCGAGAUGAUUCCCGAGAUUGACACCAGUCGCAUUGACUUGUUCGUGCAGAAAGGCAAGCACUCGCAGGUCGAGAUGUAUUCUGCCUUUGCGGAUGCCUUUGGAAAUCUAGACCCUGCCGUGACGGCGCAAUCUGUCAACGUGGAUAUCGCAUCGGAGCUUGAGAAGAAGGGUGUUACGGAUGUCUUUGUUGUUGGACUGGCGGGAGACUACUGUGUGAAAUGGACUGCUAUCGACGCUGUCAAGACUGGAUUCCGCAGUUGGCUCAUUGAAGAGGCCACAAAAUGCGUUGUCCCUGCUAAUUGGGGCGAGGCCAAAAAGGAGCUGCGAGCAGCGGGAGUGUCGGUCAUCCACGCUGACGAUGCGAUUGUGAAGAAGCUGGCAGUAGCAGUGGCAUAA